ACUCCACUCUGCUGCAGUUACAAUUUUCCACUACAAAAUGAAGCAAUUCGCACUUUUUGGCAUUCUUUUGCUCAUCCUGGCCGUGGGACUGUCUGAGUGGCCCCAGCAGGUGUCGGCCGUGGCCCUGGCCCAGGGCGGUCCGCCGCAAUCCCAGAAUGGUCCUAAAAACCCACCGAACGGCGGUGGCGGCAAUCAGCAAAGUGGACAAGGCCAGAACGGCCAAAGUGGCGGUAAAAACAAUAAGUAGAAACGGGAAUGGGCUGUAAGCCAUUUAAUAAAUAGUUUCAAACUGCAAAGAA